UCGGCGGCGGCUAAUAACAACAUUAGGAGAUUAGCUGCAACUUCUCCCCACUUCUCUAACCUUUCCCGGCCGAUAAUUUGCCGUGCUUUCUUCCCACUCUUUUUUUUUAAUUACUCCUUUCUAUUUUUUUUUCUUUUUUUGGGUAGGGAGAUAGAUACCUUCUUUUGGUAAACUAAAGAACGGAGCGGGGCGGGGGGUUAAUCCGAGGCGUUUCUCUCUGUCCGUCUGUCUACCCCCCUCUCCCCCUCCCCUGUUUUUAAACCCCUUAGUCAGAGGCAGGGUGCAAACUAAAAGCCACCACCACCACCAUCUCCUUUAGGAGAUACUGCGGCCCUCGCUGGCAAGGCAGGGCAGGCAGGGGCUGGCGGGACGGACGGGAGCGGGCCGGCCUCGCCCCUCGGUAGUGCCCGCGGCGGCAGAAGAGGAGCGGCUGCUGCAGGGGGACCGUCUUGCCGCUGCUCCUCCGGCGGCGUCUCCGUGCAGCGGAGGGACCGGCUGGGAGGGGAGGGAGAACCUGCUGCACGGGGGUUUGUCUGUUUACGUACACACAUAGCUGCGAGCGGGGAGUUUCUCCUGCCGGCGCGUCCUGCGAGCUGCCUGGAGAAUCCCGAGUCGGAGCUCUGCCGAGCGGGGCGGGAGAGGAGAGCCGAGGCAGGGCAUGAGUUUUAGCGCGAAAAGCGGCGCUUCGCUGAGCUCCCGGGCAGCGCGGUGGUGGUGGCGACUGCAGCCGUCCUGCGCCGCGGCAGCUCCUGCCGGCUCCUUCGGUGGCAGCUGGUCGCGGCCCAUCCUGGACAUGUCCUACUCCCGUCAGUUUCUGGAUUUCCAGGGCUCCUCCAUCCCCAGCUCCAUGAAGAAGCUGGUGGUGACUAAGCUGAGCCAAAACUUCAGGGAAGCGGUCACCCUGCAGCAGGACUCGCCCGUGCCACUCCCGGGAGACGGAGACCUCCUGGUCAGGAACAGAUUUGUCGGCAUCAAUGCAUCUGAUAUAAACUACUCAGCUGGUCGAUAUGACGCCUCAGUUAAACCCCCCUUUGACAUAGGCUUUGAAGGUGUGGGUGAAGUGGUAGCGUUAGGACUCAGCGCUAGUGCAGAUUACACGGUGGGUCAAGCUGUGGCCUACGUGAAAGCAGGUUCCUUUGCUGAAUACACAGUUGUGCCGGCCAGACAAGCAGUCCCUCUACCCUCAGUGAAACCCGAGUUUCUCACUUUAAUGGUAAGUGGUGCGACUGCAUACCUCAGUUUGAAAGAACUGGGAGACCUGUCUGAAGGCGAGAAGGUUCUGGUGACAGCAGCAGCUGGAGGAACAGGCCAGUUCGCUGUGCAGCUUGCAAAGAAGGCAAAAUGCCAUGUAAUUGGAACCUGCUCCAGUGAUGAAAAGGGUGGCUUUCUGAAAUCCAUUGGCUGUGACCGUACCAUCAACUAUAAAACUGAAAAUGUCGAAUCUGUGCUUAGGCAGGACUACCCCGAAGGUGUGGAUGUGGUGUAUGAAUCUGUUGGAGGAAAGAUGUUUGACUUGGCUCUCAAUGCCUUGGCUAUCAAAGGGCGCUUGAUAGUUAUUGGGUUUAUCACUGGCUACCAAAACCCCACUGGCCUCCAGCCCAUUAAAGCAGAGUUUUUGCCAGCAAAACUAUUGAAGAAGUCUGCUAGCGUCCGGGGUUUCUUCUUGAACCAUUACUUUUCUGACUACAAAAUGGCUCUGCAGCAUUUGCUCAAGAUGUAUGAAAAAGGAGACCUGGUUUGUGAGGUGGACUUUGGAGACAUGUCUCCUGAGGGCAAGUUCACUGGCUUGGAAUCUGUAUUCCGUGCUGUAGAUUACAUGUACAUGGGAAAAAACAUUGGAAAAAUUGUAGUUGAAUUACCUCACUCUGUCAACAGUAAGCUGUAAAAACAGAACAAUGAUAUAAAUCAGAAGAGAGAAAAUGGGCACUUUAUGCCUCAGAUUUACUAGAAACAAUUUAUUUUUUUAAGUUUAAUAAUGGAUAUUAUAUUAAAAAGCAGCAUUAAAGUGUUAAUAAAAAGGAUGGGUUUGUUGGGAUUUUUUUCGUUUGUUUAGUUUUAUUUUCUUUAAAGUGUUUAAAUCGGUGGCUAUAGCAGGGACAUAAUGGGCCUGUGUUUGAUAUUGUCACUUAGGUUAGCAUGAGACAAGAACAUUGUUCUUGACAGAAUAAGUCUUGAUGCAGAGGCAGAUUUAGUCUGUCAGCCUGAUUUGAUAAGACUUCAUCUGUAGUUCAGCUCAGAAAAAAAAAUCUUUCAGCAAUUUUGAUUCCCUGAUUUAAAAAUAAAAUUGUUAGAACAAGAAUAAGUAAAGAGUUGUAUCUUUGGGUUGCUCUAUUAAUAUUUUGAAGUUUCUGGGAAAAAAAUGCUCUUGAUUUUCUGUCACAAACAUGAUAAUCAUAAUUCAGUUGGAUCAUGGAUCAUCGUAAUAUUCCUUGACUGAUUACACAGGGAAAUUUAUCCUCCAAUUCUGACAUGUCAGUAAUAUUAAGCAACUUGACUUUUUUUUUCCUAAUCCUGUCUUUCAUAACUAUAAACAACUGCGCAAUUUUCUUUUAAAUCUUUAACUACAAGUUGCAAUAUAGUCUCAUUUUGUUGCCUUUUCAUUUUCCGCUGUUGCUGUUUAUUGUCCAGUCUCCCCUUUAGUCAGUAUUUAAAGAUUAUUGGAAUGGGAUUUUGAGACAUGUUAUUGUAUGUUCAUGCCCUGUAUAUUUUUUGAAGAUUAAAUAAAGUUUUAAAAGCUAUUUAAA